AUGAAAGUUGACAGGGCUUCUGAACUCCCUGCUGAGGUCCGCUUCUCUUUCACCAAGGACUUGGAGUUCAAGUUCACAGCAGUCGAAGCAUUGUUGUCACUCAAACUAGAAACCCAUUCCACCAACAAGAAACAAUGGAAGAGCCUAGAUGAACUCAGUCACGUUUUCAAUGGACACAAGACUGACGUCUAUGAAUAUGUCGAAAAGAACUGGAAGGAGGAUGAGUUUUUUGGGUACCAGCUUCUGAACGGCCUCAACCCCAUGAUGAUCCAUCGCUGCUCCAAGCUUCCAGAGAACUUCCCCGUCACAGAAGACAUGGUGAAGGCUUCCCUUUUUGGAAAAAACCUUGAAGCAGAAAUUCAGAAAGGCAACAUCUUCCUGGUUGACUACAAGCGUCUACAUGCAGUGACAGCAAACGUGAUCCACGGGAAACAGCACUUCUUGGCUGCUCCUCUCUGCUUGCUCUAUGUGACCCCAGAAGAUAAGCUCAUUCCCAUCGCAAUCCAGCUGAAGCAGGAGCCUGGAGAAGACAACCCCAUCUUCCUCCCUACUGACUCAGAGUAUGACUGGCUCCUGGCCAAGAUCUUUGUGCGGAACGCUGACUUCGCGGAACACGAGCUGAACUUUCACUUGCUGAGGACUCACCUGCUGGCUGAGGUGUUUGCCGUGUCGACACUGCGUAACCUACCAAUGGUGCAUCCCAUCUACAAGCUCCUGAUCUCUCACUUCCGCUACACUCUGCAGAUCAACACUCUAGCUAGACAGGCCCUCAUAUCAGAGAAUGGGCUGAUCACAGAGAAUGCCAGUGUCGGAGGUCCAGGGAUGGUUGAGUUCCUGAAGAAAGCUGUGGCCUCAUUGACCUACAGCUCCCUCUGUAUGCCGGAGGACAUCACAGCACGUGGUCUGGAGUCAAUCCCCAACUUCCUCUACAGGGAUGAUGGACUCAGGUUGUGGGACAUCGUUCACAGGUUGGUUCACAAUGUGAUUGGUCACUACUACACCUGUGACUCAGACGUCCAGAAGGACUCUGAACUGCAGAACUGGAUCGAGGAGAUCUUCUUCCAUGGGUUCCUGGCAGAAACCAGCACAGGAAUCCCUCAGUCUUUCAGUUCAGUGACAGAGCUGGUCAAGUUUAUCACCAUGGUGAUCUUCACAGUGUCUGUCCAACAUGCUGCAGUCAACAAUGGACAGUUUGAUUUUGGGGGUUGGAUGCCCAACUUCCCCAACGCUCUGCAACAACCACCUCCCACCACUAAGGGGCAGUGUACUGAGAGCACCAUGCUGAAGACCUUCCCUGACAUCAAUACCACCGUUAAUGGCAUGGCAGCGGUGUACCUUCUGAGCAGGCAGUCCACUGACUAUGUCGCUCUUGGAAAUGGCUAUCAGGAUCACUUCAGUGAGAAGACCCCUCUGGAACUGAUUCACGAAACUCAAAAUGUGCUGAAGAAAUACAACUUUGAAAUCCAAGGCAGGAAUGUCUCUUUGCCCUUGCCAUACACCUACCUGAAUCCCAACAAUGUGGAGAACAGUGUGGCCCUGUAAAAUGAGUCGGUCGUAUUUAUUAUGCCCCAAAUGGAAGAAAUGCACAGAUACAGGGAGAGACAACCUGGACUUGUCCAAUAAGAACCACUUGUUUUCAUUUUCCAUUGAAGCAUGUUUUACAGCCUUUUUCUACGGUGUGCCCUAAUAAAUGCAACCUAGGUAAUUGACUUUGGUUCAAUUGUUAGAUAAAUGUUGCACUUGAACUAGAACUUGAACUGAAACAAAAAUAUUAUAAAUAAUAUUGUACUUAACCCUUCUAUUAUGUUAGAAAGGGCUAUACACGUUUGAUGUUCUGAUCCAAUUUGGAAAUGACAUUAAGUACAGUUUCCCUUAUCAAAAUGUGGCUGCGAAUGGGACUUUUCCCAGACAUUUUCUUCUAAAAACAAUGUAGCUGUCCUCCCCUUCACAUUUCUCACUGUCAAUCAAGAAUGAUAAUUCUUCAGGUUUUACCGGUGAAACAUCCAUGCAGUAUCUGCAUACCAACCAUUUCAUCUCAAUCAGUUUGAUCUUCUUGAGUUAUACAGGGUUUCAAACUAUCCUACAGUGUUGUAUUUAAUGAUGUACAUUGUGUGAAUUGUGGAGCAGAUACUGUUAACAAGUUUGCCUAGUGGACCUAUUAAGUUUUGGCCACAUGAGAGAAAAAUGCACUGGUGUUUUUGUCUUACAGUAAUGCAAUACUAUGCUAUUAUAGUCGGUUCAUUAUGUGAUCUUGCAGACAUUGAUUCAGCUUUGAUCCAUCUUUAUUAAACAGCACCAUUCGCCAGAGUAGCCUGUUCUCUAAGAGCAGAGCAAGGACUGUAGUAAAGUAGAGAAUAAACACAUGCACAGAAUGUGAUGAGCAGAAGCUUCAGGAUCUUUAGUCCGGAGAAUAAAAGUUCAGGGAAAAGUCAGAUUGUCAGCAACUCUGUUUUAUUUAACCUGUACUCCACUUCAAAUAAAUGUUGCUCUGUGCAGGAAGCAGCUUGUUUCUAGGACACACCGUUCAAGAGUUAUAAAGGUCAAAGUGCGGGUCAAAUUUACCCAGAG